AUGUCUACGCAGUACCGGUACGUGUUUACGACGGACCCUAACGACGCGACGUUGUACAACGUGGUGCAGCCGCGGUUGGCGCAGGUUUCGCAGGAGGCGGUUGACGGAGAGACUUUGGCAUUACGGGUGGAACGAGUGGUUGGUGCAGAUGCGUUGGGCGACUUGUCCGCACCGCGUGUGACAGUGACAGUGGACCAGCGGACGGGGCAGGUGAAUGUGUUAGUGUCUCCAGUAUUGGAUGAGUAUGUACCUAGGACACCGGCGUUGGAGCGGUUGCAAUCGGCGGAGAUUCCGUUGGAAUCGCGUGUAGCGCAAACAUUGAGAGAUGAAGGGUUACGUGGCGCGUUGCGUGCCAACGGGGCGGCGAAGCCGCCGCCGAAUAGUCGUUUGUUCGCGCAGAGUCCGGCGGGCGUGGCAGUACGGACGCCAGGUGGGUCGGCAUAUUUACCGGCGGGUUCUAUUAAGACACCGAAUGGCGAUAUCUAUACCCCCAAAGGUGUUUCCUACUCCCCCGGUGGAACUUGCUAUUGGCCCCGAGGAACAGAGUUUACAGACGAAGGCUACGCACUCACUCCAGCCGGCACGUGCUACUCGCCAGGGGGCACCGGCUAUGGCCUAUCCGGACAUGUGUACUCACCACAGGGAACCGCUUACUCACCCUCCGGCCUCGCAUACACAGGCUGGCGAGGCACCUUCAACUGGCAGACGGAAUACCCACCCAGUCCUGGCGGUCUAGGGGCUGAAGGAACACGCGGUGUCAUGUACCCCGAAAUCGAAGCCGGUGGCCGAAGCCCCGCAGACUUCAGACGAGACGUGCUCGGCAGCCCCGUCGCCGCAAGUCCCCGAAACCCUAGUCCUAGCCCUAGGGCCACGAACACCGGUCCCACCCCCACCGCCAGUCCCACUCCCAGUCCCACUGCCACUCCCGCAAUCAGCCCCAGUCCCGGAAGUCCAAGCCCCAGCCCUACGGCCAGCCCUACGGCCAGCCCUACGGCCAGCCCUACGGCCAGUCCUACGGCCAGCCCUACGGCCAGCCCCGCCGUAGGCAGCCCAGCCGUAGGCAGCCCCGCUCCGACGGCUAGCCCCGCGACCGCGGCUAGUCCAGCCCCCACGGCCGAGCAGUACGGAGGCUAUGAUGCGUCUGGCGAGUACGAACCUGAGGAUUUGGACGCGCGUGUGGCUGCAGCAAGGGAAGCGCACGAGGCUGAGGUGCGUCGUUUGACGGGUGAGUAUGAAGCGCGACUGCGUGCUGGUGCAGAGCGCGCUUUGGGUGAAGAGGAGCGAGCCGCAGCUGCGGCGUUUGAGUCGGAGGUGUCGCGAUCGCGGAAUGUGCGGAACGAAAAUAUUGCGGCCGCGGAGCGUGACGCUGCGGCAGCGGAGCGAGCGAGGGCGGCUCGUGAAGAGCAGCGGCGUGAAGCAUUAGCGAAUGCCCGUGCUCGCGAACAGGACACGCGUGUGCGCGCAGAGAUUGAAGCGGAGCAAGGUCGAGUGCGUCGAGAAGAACGUCGACGAACGUUGGAGCGAGCGGAUUCACUUCGUGCACAGGAAGCGUUCGCUGCGGCGGAAGUCGCCAAUCGUGACCAGGAUGCACAGCGCGCGCGUGCGGCGAGGUUGCAGGCGGAAGAAACAGCGCAGCGUCAGACACUUGAAGACCAGGAACGCGCGCGGGAACGUGAAGCACGCGCGGAACGUGCCCGAGUGCGAGCAAUUGCGCAAGAUUAUGAAGCCAAUGCGCCACGUCCACGCGAGUUCGCUAACACAGAUUUCACCGACAACUUCGAUGCAGACGCUGAACGCAGACGUAUCCGAGCGCAGCAUAAUGCAGGCGCCGAUAACGUCCCGCCUCCCACCAUUCCCGGCGGCAGCUCCACUAUGUACAGAGUCCGUGCCGAUCAGAUACCCCAUCACGCUGGCGCUGACUUUUACGCCCCGACACAAGACCAAAAACAAAUCGUCACCGCCAACGCCCGCCCUCUCGCCACCACAGGUCUGCAAAGGAACCUCGGAGACGUGGUUGGACGCAGUUCCGUCGGUGCUGAGGCCGACCACGUGCGACGGAUACCGGUCCAUCGGCGAACGGAGACGCACCGUACCACCAAGACCGUGCGACGUCACUCGGCCAAGCCGACGGUGGACCGCGUGGCCGCUCUUCCGCGUCGCGACCUGCGCGCCUCCGACGAAUUUGCUUGGAGUCAAACACCUCAGGCACCAUAG